AUGAAGCCUAACAGAAAGACCCAAAUCGCCAUUUUUCCAACUUCAUUCGGCCACCAGAAUGCUGCCGCGUUGACUAACCAUAAUGUUGGCCCUGCAGCUGUUGCAGCCGUGAGCAAGGACAAGUUAUACCAUGCGCCUCAUGUCAAGAGCAACGAGGAGCGCGUCUCAGUUGCGGACUCCGCAAAAGACCAUCUUUCCCCGCAAAACGACGAUACCUCCGACCGCCCCUUGGAUGUCGAAAAGGGCUUACCGUGGAAAGACUACCAUGCGGAAUAUAAGCUACAUGAUCUCGGGGGUAUUCUGACGGUAGCGGUGAGACAUCGAAAGCUUUUCCACAUCAGUGAACUGGCUCGGCUAGAGUCGCAGGAAGUUCUCGCGAAGUUGAGAAGGCUCCGCCAUCCAAAUGUUCUCGAGUUCAUCCACGCGUACAAGACACACACCUCUUUACACGCCGUAUUCGAGUCCACGGCGAUCAACUUCUUGCAUUUGGUAAAAUGCCCAGUAUAUCUUGACGAGGCACAACUCGGUGCCGUGGUUGGCCAGUUAGUAGAUGGCCUUGGCUAUCUAGAAGGGGAAGGCUUCGAACAUCCUUCGCUUGACAGCAAGAAUGUCUUGGUAACUGAUGCGGGGGUGGUGAAGAUCGGCAAGUGA